AUGACACGGUACUAUCGAGCUCUCUGUCUCCAAAUGCAGCCAUUCGGUAUUUCAAAUCGUGCCGCUGUCUGGAUGACAACGUCCCAUCUCUGUCUCAAUCUGCCAACCUCGACCUCGACUCCGCCACGUUUUCAGGCAUCCAGGAAUUCCCGUUCUGUUUCCUUCAGAGCCCUGAAUCGAACCAACCCUUCUGAGUCUGCUUCAACAGCAUCGAAAAAUUGUAGGCAGCAGCAAAAUGGGCCGUGUGCAAUUCCCCCGGCAAAUCGUGCUUUCUCGGCGCCGAGCAAGGUCGGCAGAAUUUACGACCCAAACAUGGCAAAACCAUGGGCAGAUACACCGAUGAGCCUGAUUUCAGAAACUGGCUACAAGGAACGCUCUGAUAUACCCCCUGGCCACUUUGCCAUUACCGCUGCGCAAAACAUGGCCAACCUACACAACGUGAUCAUCCGCGGCUUCAACGCUUCGUAUAACCAGUGCCUCGCCGUGAAACUGGACACUGUCGACGCGAGCGAUUUCCUCCUAUAUAACCGCGGUUUAUAUAAAAGCAUCAAAACUCACCACGAUGUGGAAGAGGAGAUCUCAUUCCCGAGCCUGGUAAAGUUGACGGGGGUCCAAGAUAUCAUGGACCAGAAUAUACAGGAACACAAGGACUUUGAUGAAGGCCUUGAGAUGUUCCGCAAAUUUGUUUUCGAGACGGAUGCCAAAUCGUACGAUGGCAAGAGAUUACAGGAGAUCAUGGAUAUUAUGUUUCCGGUGCUUCAUAAACAUCUGGUCGGAGAGAUCCGGACGCUUCUUGAUCUUGCGAAAUAUGACUCAAAAAAGUUGGAGGAAUGGUGGAGCGAUACUGGGAAGAAAGCGCAGAAGGAUCUUGACGUAUUCCAAGACGCACCCCUGAUGCUCGGCUGCAUCGAUUCCACAUUCAAAAUGGACGGGGACUCUCGGCUUUUCCCCCCGAUCCCAGCCCCGAUUAAGUACUUGUCGAAGUAUAUUCUCGAAUGGCGAUACUCGGGUAGAUGGCGCUUCAACCCGUGUGAUACAUUUGGGAACCCGAGGCCCCUAGCGUUUCCCAAUCCCGGAGGCUCUAAACUAUAG